CCUAAAAAUUUUUAAAUUAUAGAAAAAUGUUCAUACCAAACCCGAAUUCAUUUCCAAAUAAAUACCCAAAAUGUACAUACUAAAUUCAAACUCAAUUUAGAAUAAUUAUCUAAAAUAUUUAUACAAACCCGAAUCGAAUCUUACUAAAUGUUACUGAACCCAAAUAAAACUCAAACCAAAAUUUUAUAAUAUUUAAGUGAGUCUAAAAUUCAUAAACCCAAAAAUCCGAUAUCUAGUUGAAUGGUCUAUCGAAUGCCUAACCUUAGUUAGUUUGAAAUAACAAUUGGAAUCUUUAUAAAAGAGAUGGAAGAGAAAUGAACAAGAAAAAAAAUUGGUGUAGUUCAAGAAUUGGGCUGGUAAUAUUAUAUUAUUAUCUGUUAUCUCCGUGGUUAUUUCCGGUUUAAUUUGUAAAUAUGUCACUGAACCGGAAGAAACCCAACAAGACAGCAACACCAACAAUCUUGUCUCUCUGCCUCUCGAUCCUAAUCCAAACCAAAAAAAAAACACAAAAGACAAUGGAGGAGACGACAUGGGAACAGAGACUACAAGCCGUAACUCACAUCCUCACACACCCAACAACGAAACCAUCUCUCCACUCCCAAUUCCUCAUCGGAACGCUAGUCCCAUGCUACCUCUCGUGGGAUUACCCUCCGAUCCUCUGCCACUCUCCUGGAGCGCAUCUCCGUCAAUGGUGGGUUUCUCAGUUCCUCAAAAGGGCAUCGAGAUUCGGGCUUCCUGAUACCUCGUGGAGGUCGAAUUGCCCGUUUUAUCAGCCGUUGCCGGCGGUUAUGGCCGCCGGAGUGGAGGAAGGAAAGUGGGGAAGAGAGGAGAGGAGAGUGUAUGUGAGGAAGAGGCUGAGGAGGAAGAAGCUGGUGAGCGAAGUGAAUCCUUUGAUUCCUCUUUUGGUUCCGAAUCUGCUUCUGUUUACUCUCUUGUUGUGGGAUCCUAUUCCCGAGUAGUUGGACUUUAAUCUUUGUCUCUGUACGAGAAAGCAAAGAUGUUGUGUUUUUUUGUAUUGAAGAAAUUAAAUGAAUGGAUUCAGACAAAAACUCAAUUACACUA